GUUUGCUUGUUGUGUCAUUAUAAUACAAACAGUUGAAGUUAUCAAAAGUUGAUCUGGUUCUGGUUAUUUUAAACAAUUUUAAGUUUCUUGAAAUCUGACUUAAGUUCUUAGUGUUUGUUUAUUUGAAAAGCAUAUUGUUGUGUUACUGGACAAUAUUAAAUAGUUAAGUUAAUAUAAAACUGCGAUCUAACAGGAUUCUUUUUCUUAGUCUAAAUAUUCAAGAUGGCGACCUUUUCUCAGUCAACUGUUGAUAAAGGCUGUGAUUCAUUUACAGACUUUUGUUGUUCGCCUUGUCUAGAGCACAAUAUUGACCAGUGGGCAGAGUUUUACUGUGAUAACUGUCUCAAGUUUUAUUGCGGAGAAUGCCUUAACCUGCAUGGUCAGUUGUUUUCGAAACAUGUAGCAUAUGGACGGGGAGACACAAGCAAGUGGCCAGUGUCUAAGGAAGUGGAGGAUUUCCUUCAGAAAUGUGACCUUCAUGAAGACAAACGUCUAGAAAUGUUUUGUCAUGACCAUAGUGAGCUUUGUUGCACUAGUUGUGCAUUUCUCAACCACAGACUAUGUGCUCAAGUAACACCGAUAUCCGAAUCAGUCGAUGGACCUCCACCAGACUUGCAGCAACUAUCCAGAAAGAUCAAAACUAUUCUGGAAACACUAAAAAAACUUGAGAAAAAUUGGAACACCAACAUGCAAACUGUUCAGGCUUCAUACAACAAACAAUUACUCGAAAUACGUGAACCACACAAGAAAAUAAAUACAAUUCUAGACAAUAUUGAAAAAAACACAAUUAAAGAGCUAGAUGAUAAGCUUACCAGUUUAAAAGCUUCUAUCAAGACUGAUGCGGACAAUUGCAGCAAGCUUAAAAAUGAACUAAAACAACUCAGUGAUGCGGUAUAUGACAUUGUUGAUAAGGGCAAAUCAGAACACGCUUUUAUUGCAAGUAGGAAAUGUCUGGAAAAACUUAAACAGUCUGAAACUUAUCUGAAGGAGAACUCUUCGCAGGUAGAAAGUUCACUGACAUUCCAGGCUGACAUUGAUAUUCUACAUUACUUGUCUAAAUUGCAAGGUCUGGGAAGGAUUGUUCUCAGUACCGUGGAAUCAUCAGUGUUAGGUGGUACAGGCCAUGUAUUCACUGUGCAAGGAUGGACAGAGCAUGAUAUGAGCAUAUCAAGUGAUUUAUACAGAUGUGAUAUCGGGGCCGUCUGUGUUCUCUCUGAUGAUACAACCAUUGUUGCAGAUGGUAGUAAUAAACUAAUUAAGCUACUAGAUCACCAAUACCGAGUGGUGGCAAUUUGUGAUUUGUCUGCCCCUCCUAAAGACAUUUGUCAAAUCACACAAAAUGAAGUAGCUGUUGUUGUGGUUUACGAUAAGACACAGGGGGUCCAGUUUGUUGACGUGAAUGGUGUGCGACUGGUUAAAGGCAGGAAGCUACGGUUUCAACAUUCUUGUAAUGGUAUUGCUCAUAAUCUGCAAGAACUGUAUCUGACUUCUGGUACUGCACUUUACAAGUAUUCAAUGAAAGGAGCCCUCUUAAAAAAGCUACACGAGGAUACAUCAGACAAUUACACAGUAUGGAAGUGUGCAGUUAGUCCUUCAGGUGACACGAUAUUUAUCACCAACCAAUCCCACAGCAAGGUCCACACCCUGGACAGAGAUGGCUUAGUUCUCAACACCUUCACAGACCCAGACCUAAAAAACCCAUAUGGUAUGCAUGUGACUGCUCUGGGACAGGUGCUGGUCUGUGGAGGGGUAUCCCACAAUACCCUACAGCUGGAUGGUGAAGGUAAGAAGAAGCUGGCAACUCUUGCUACCAAGAGGGAAGGACUGUGGAUCCCACAGUCAGUCUGCUACAAUACGAGCACAGCAUCCAUCAUUGUGGGCCAAUUGUAUGGGAACCAAAUCUUUGUGUUUAAAGUAAAAUAGGUUUGUUUCACAAUUUUCAGUAAAAACAUUAUGGACCAUGUACUUUCAACAUGAAUUCUUGGCCACACUAAACUCCUAUUGAGUGUUACUUUUAAUAUUUUACAUAAUUCGCAUGCAUGAUUUAUAAUGUGUCAAGCAAUGUCAGGUCAAGAACAUGUUUAAACAAGAGAUGUGUUUGUCAGAAACACAAUGCCCCCUACUGCGCCGCUUUGAUUUUUUGUUUAUCAUUUGGCAGGUACAGAUAAUUAUCUCCCUUUAAAGCUUAUUACCUCCCUUGAUGUUUUUUCUACCUUAGACCUUAAAGGUUGACAUUGACAUUGACCUUGAUCUUUCACCACUCAAAAUGUGCAACUCCAUGAGAUACACAUGCAUGCCAAAUAGCAAGUUGCUAUCUUUAAUAUUGUAAAAAGUAUGGCCAAUGUUAAAGUUUUCGGACGGAAUCACGGACUGACAGACAGACGGACUGACAGUUCAACUGUUAUAUGCCACCCUACCGGGAGCAUAAAAAGCAUUUUCAUCAUACAUUUCUUGGCAGCAUAUACAUGUGUAUCUAUUAUUAAGGGUAAUGUUUCAUGUCAUAAUUCUCUGCUAUUGAUUUUUGUGUUGCUCCACAAGUAAACACAUGCUAUCAUCUGUUGCAAGAAAUCAACUGUAUUGCUCUGAUGAUUAUUUGUCUUGUCAAUUGUUUAUAAUAAGUUUAUCAUUGUAAUCUCGAUCUAUAUCUUGAUAAAUACUAACAUGUACAUACGUGAUUUACUUGUGCUAAUGUGUUAUGUUCUAGAUUUGUUUAAUGUAAUUGUUAUGCAAAGCAAAAAAAACUUCAGAGAGCAGUUUUGGAGGUUUCACAUUUUCAUUUUAUUCUUCAAAAGGUAAACAUGUAACGGAUUUGAUUUGAUAAAAAUAGUUUCAUAGAGUUGCACAUAUGUAUUGUACAUAUUGACAUAUUGCUUCCAUCGUUGUUUUUAAAUAGUAAUUGUGUUGAUGAUA